AUGCCACAGCCGUCGCAGCGCCAUGUGAUCCUUGCCGCCAGCUUUGCCUCAGCAGUGAUUGCGCACGCAGCCGUGGCUGAGGCCACGUACAUCAAGGGCCGCUUGGAGAACUUGCGAGGCAACCACCGAGAUGCUGUGGCCCACUUUGGGAAAGCGGCCUGCCUGUCAGGCAGAAGCCCCGCGUUUCAGAGGAAGUGUGAGCGAGGCGUCCAGAAGGCAUUGCAACACCUCGAGGAGCAGCACGGAAAAUACCAGUGGAAGGAGCUUUUCAAGGCGGAUGCUGCAGCGCUACUAAGCCAAAGCGCAGACGCCCCGGAGCUGGCCGUGGCAGGCUUCCACAGCCGCGUUGAGCCAUCCUCAGGCUUCGUGCGCGGGCGCCCUGGGCUGAUCGUCCGCGAACGAGCUGCGCUGGGCGAACUUCUCUUCGUUCAGAAAGCUUUCGUUAUGCGAAGUCACUGCGAGCUGCUGAAAGCCACCCUGAGCAAGCUACAGAGCUGCCCACAAAAGGAGUUCUGCCAGUUCAUGAGUCUCUUCAGCGGCGAACCUGACGGGGAUGAUGUUCCUACGCCGGAAGCUUCGCCUGCAUCAAGACUUACCAGCCCUGAAGGACAAGAACGGAGCGUGGAUGAAGAGAAGGUGCAAAGGAUACUGCAGCUGAAUGCUCGGAGCCGCAUCACCCUCAGCAGCACGGGGGAAAUCGAGGAGAAGCUGUGGGGGCUUUGGCCCCUGGCUGCUGUCAUGAACCACUCCUGCAGGCCGAACGCGAGCUUUACUUUCGUCGGUGAUGUCAUAAUCUGCCGUGCUGCGCGGGACCUGGAGAUGGGUGAUGAGAUCUGCUGCAACUACGUGCGCGUAGACCGCCCUGCGAUGCUUCGCCGGCGAGAACUCCAAAGUCAGUACAUGUUCGUCUGCAGCUGCCCGCGUUGCACCUUGGAGGAGGCCUUCAUGCCAGAUUCUAAGGCGCAGGAAUUCAGGGACAAGAUCAAGAAGCUCAGCAAGGCUCCACGGCGGAGAGACCGCGAAGCUUUGCAGGCGUGGGCAGCUUCAUGGUCUUUCUUGUACCGAGAGAUCGAGUACGAGAUUUCAUUGGCGAUCAAGCGGCACGGCAAGGCUUUGGACGAGGAUCGCAGCCUUACCGUCGCGAGCGAUGAACUUUUUGAGCGCUGCUGGACCAGCGACCACGAGGUGAGACGCGAGCUGCGGCUUAAGGAGCAGGAGGAGAUGCGACAAAACAUCGCCCGCCGCCAGGGGCAAGAGACGGGCAAACCUCACAACUACACAGGGCCCGGGCGCAUAGACGUUUACGCGGAGCAGCUCCAGCGUUUACUCUGUGGUUCCUUCCUCUCUGUUGCGACAGAGUCGGCCCGGCUCUGGAUGAAGGUCGGAAUCCCAAGCAACAGUGCCCGUGACAGCAGCUGGAUCUGCCAGCAGCUUGAAGAGACGGCGCCGGCCAGCUGCCAGCAUGCAUUUUGGGCUGCGAAGUGUGCCACCCAAACAUGGAAAGCAUUCUUGAAGAAGGAAGAGGCUGCCCUGGUGUUCGCACAGCAGCACCCAGACGUCAACAGGCCACCUCUUGCCCCUGAAGUUGUUCAAACUGCUGUGUAUGCCCGGAUAACGUUCAACCGCUGCUACGGAGAGCAGCUGUGGCUCUCCCAGGUCGAGGCCUUGGGCUGGCCUCAAGAGCUCUGCGCCGGAGCUUUGCAAAACCCGGCCCCGGUGAUUCCCAAGCCGACAGUGCCCAGGAAGACGAGCCCACCGAAGGGCCGAGUGAGGAUCUACAAGACGGGCUCCAGGAAGUGGGAGGAUUUCCCGAAGGGAAGAGUGCUGGACCCUGGUCACCGCAAAUCAGUCCUCGGCGGAGUCGGCGGCAUGGAUCUCCAAACCGAGUCCCCCGACUUUUCAGCUGCACUGCUAUCAUUGUUCAACCCGAUGGAGGUAUGCUCAACGGAAGCCGUUGCUUGCAGCCUCUUUAUGCGUGAGUUCCAACUGCUCACGAAAGCUAACGACCUUGUCCUUCAUGGAAAGGCAGCGGUCAGCAAUGGAAGCGCAUCGGACAACUUCAAUAGCACCGACAGCGCCGCGGCACUCAACGCUGUCAAUGCCACCUCGCAGCUUGUCGUCAACAGUACGAAGAGCUCUGCGAAGCACAACGCCACAGCUACAGCUGAGCGGCCUCAUAUCACCUUGCCCGCAUGCGAUUAUGUCUGGGGCGUGCCAAAGCUGGCCUGGGCUGUGAUUUGCGAUUUGCUCGCCAUUGCAGCGCUGCUGUUGUGCAUUCCGUUUCUGCUAAAUGCAUCACGCCGUCGACCGUAUGGUGCGCCAAUUCUGGAUUUCAGUUUCCGUCCAACCCCUGGGGUGCAGAAAUCUACGGGCUGCUUGGAUUGCUGGCCUUGCUGA